AUGUUUUGCUAUGCUGAUUAUGACGAUAACUACAUUGCUCCUCGACUGUUAUGUAACAGCGACGAGUGGAUUGAUUCCGUGCAAACUCUCGCAGAAGGUCGAGAAGAUUGGAGAGCUUUAUUCAAGGACGGUACACCUCGGCGAAGAUGCAGGUUAUCGCGUCAGACGAUGACAUCAACCCACCGAUUAAUUCAACCAGUAAUUCUCAUUCAUAAGUUUGCUUAUUUCAUGGCGGUGUUUCUUUCAAAAACUAUUCAAAACGAUGAAGAUACAAUCUCGUUCACCUAUCGUUUCAAAGUUCCAGGACAAAGAUUACGACGUCCGUCCAUUGAUAAAAGCAUACCGCAUGAACUAGAAGUGAUGUGCCAAGAAGAAUAUCCUAAAGCAUUGGAGCCUACAUCUUCUAUGACAUCUCUUCGAAGUCGCGUUUUUGACCCGAACUUCGACUACCUGGACCCACUAUGGAUGGCGCACUGUGACGAGAUUAUAAAAAGGACCGAGCGUUUAAACGAUCGUGUACGAGUCCGCUAUGGUAUCGAACCCGAAGAGAUUGUUGAGGACAAUGAUUUGCGUCCAAGAUUUCUGAGAACAUCUGAUACAUCUGGAAGUGAAACUGCUGGAUCUGGAAGAAGACUCCUCCGUGUGCCUUAUACUCCAUUCCCCGGUAAAACAGAUCGUGCUACUCGCGAUGCAGCCAGAGUUAUCAUAAGAAGUCUGGCUAACCCACACCUUAUCGAUGAGGAAAAGUAUAGAGUUACUUCCACCAUAUCCGCUAUUGCUGGACAAGGACUGGCAUUUAAUCCUAUUCGUCUUGUACGUUCGGAGCCGCAGGUGUCCCGUGCGUCUUCUAUCGUCUGUACCACGGACCUUGUUGCCACCAGAGCAUGCUCUUCGGCCUCUUGUCUUGCGUCAAACCUCGUCUCUCUUACUCAUACUUCCUUAACGUCCUCCUCCGGCUCAUACGCCCGUCAGUCUGCACGAUCCAGUUCCGCCCACUCACGCAUAACUCCACACGAUGGCCGAAGCUCGCCGACAUUAUCUGAUAUAGUCAGAUUCCGCAAUCGUAUUGGAAUUCUCAGUGACUUCUUGCGCAAUCCACGCCAUAGACCACCAAAGCCAGUGAUCCGUUCGAACUCGGACGCAUCCACGCAGCAACCGGAAGGAGCCAGUUCAAAUAGUGACUAG